AUUGUCCUUUGAAAAAGCUGUCUUGAAAACCACAGACCAGUCAAUUGAAAACAGCGUGAAAACAGCUGAUGAGUGAUGAAAAGCUAAUAAUUUUGCAUCAAAUCAUUUUUUAAAUAACACUCAAUCUUGAAAUGGCAGAGGUACAAACAUUGAUCGAAAUGGGUUUUCCUAAAGAGAGAGCGGAAAAAGCACUGGCUGUUACUAAUUUUAAGGGCGUGGAGCCGGCUAUGGAGUGGCUUUUAGCACACGCCGAUGACCCUGAACCUAGUACGGGAUACACUAUUGAAAGUGCCGCUACUAAUACAACUAAUGCUGAAACAUCCGAAUCACUCGAUACGCCUGCCCCGGCUCCUUCUGAACCAAGCGACCAAGAGGCGAAGUCAUUCAAAUGCGAUGAGUGUGGUAAACUGUUCAAAAAUCAGGAUGAAAUGGAAUUCCACGCGGCGAAGUCGAAUCACAGCAGUUUCUCCGAGUCCACGGAGGAGAAAAAACCAUUGUCUGAAGAGGAAAAGAAAGUUCAAAUGGCUCUACUUGAAGAGAGAAUGAAACAGAAACGGAAAGAGAGGGAAGAGAAAGAGAAGGCUGAAGCCCUGGAACGCGAGCGUCUCCGCAUCAAGUCCGGCAAAGACAUGCAAGAGGCACGGCAGAGGCUACAAGAGCAGGAGAUGCAGAAGUUAGUAGAGCAGCGACGCAGGGAGAAGUUGGAAGACCAGCGGGCAAGAGAGAGAGUCCGAGCACAGAUAGAGGCAGACAAACAAGCUAGGAAACUAGCGGCCUCAGGUCUACCGGCCCCCGCCCCCGCGGCGCCAGUGCCCCCGCCCCCCGCUGCCCCCUCCGCCGGCGCCCCCAAGGCGUCGUACGACCAGGCGCGCAUACAACUGCGGCUACCCGACGGGCAGUCCCUCUCGCACACGUUCGGGGCUAAGGAACAACUGAGCGCUGUCAGAUUAUAUCUACAAGUUCACAAACCUGAAUUUGCACAAAAUGAUAGUUUCAAAUUCAUGACUACAUUCCCCAAGAAGAUAUUCGCCCCUGAAGACUACGAGUCGUCUUUAGAUGGAUUAGGAUUGGUCCCGUCUGCAGUUAUCAUAGUGUCAAGGGGUGCACAAUAGCUGCUAUUUUUAAUCAAGUCUGAAUUCGGCGUGUUACGUCAAAAUACUUUGACAUAUGUAAAGUAUGACGUGCAAAAACUAGUGUAAUUCACUAAUUUCAAUGCAAUAAAUAAUACUUUAGGCCUGGACUUUUGAUAUAUUAAAGUAAUAUGCUACCUAAUUGAGAUCUACUUUCUUAUGGAGUAUUUGUAUGUUAUGGGUGUAUGUUGAUAAGUGGGCUAAUAAAAGUUAAUUAUAUGA